AACUUCAUUACCAAAGUGCUGAUUUAAUCAGUGCUCCGCGUAUUAGCCGACUGGAAACAUGAUUUUCGUAAAAUUGUAUUUUUUACUUUUGUUUAAAUUUGCUAGCGCCCGUCUUAAUUUUGAGGUUGCGGACACAGCUUUCGAUCAACAGUUGUAUGAAGAUGUUUUGGACGCCGAGGAAUGUGACCGGCAAAUUAAGUUUAUAAGGCGGAAUCCUUUGUUGACUUUACAAUUCGCCGAUGCCGGUAUCAGAGUACCGCGAGGAUUGCUGCAAGGCAACAACGUAGACCUUGGCAACUAUUACCAAUGUUUGGACAUCAAUCACAAUCUCCAGGACAUGGACCUACAAGGGAAGUAUUGCUCUAUCCUGGUACCAAUGAAUCAGACAUUUCAUCUGCCGAGAGAGAUGGAGUUUAGCGACUGGGCGCAGCUUAAAGCUUUGCAGGAAGACGAGGAAUUAUUAAGGAGAAUGGGAGAAUUCGACAGGCUACGAUCACAGAUAAGAAUAAUGACUGGAGUCGAUGAUGGAUCGAGAACAUUACCAGCAGCACCUUUAGUAGGCACCGUGCUAAGAUUGUCAGUGUGCAUCCCUAAGCCGUGCACUACUCAGCAAGCUAUGACCUCGUUUAUUUUCAACCUCACUAAUAUCGGUUUCCAAUACGAGGACGACUUCUGUCGCCUUCCAAACGACAAACCGUGGGUUGCCGCACACUACGUUGCUAUCGGAAUAUUUUCGUUUAUUGGGUUCUUAACAAUAUUAAGCACAUCUUAUGAUCUAUACUGCACCUUCUAUUUGAAAAUCGAUAGAAAACAACUAAACACCUGGUACACGUCAUUCUCCAUGUAUACUAAUGGAAAGCGGUUGACGUAUUUCCCUUCUGGUCCCAGCAAUCUUCAAUGUUUGGACGGCAUGCGCUCACUCGCCAUGGCUUGGGUCAUAGUGGGACAUACCUUCAGCAGCCAUAAAUUCUACCUCAACGGACUUGAGGGAUUUCUUUGGUUAACGUCGUUAGCAUCCCUUUGGAUCUCAUCUGGCACUAUAACAGUGGAUACAUUCUUCACUAUAGCUGGAGUUCUAAUCGUAUACACAACUGCAGGAAAAAUGGAUGGAAUGAGACUCCUCAAGAAUUUGCACUUGUUUUACCUGAAUCGAUUGAUGCGGAUGUUCCCGAUUCUGGCAGCGGUGGUUCUUCUACAAUCUUCGUUUUUCAACAACAUGUCAGAUGGGCCGACGUGGACUGUAGUGUCGCGGCUGACGAAUAAUUGCAGGACAUACUGGUGGACGACGCUGUUACACGUCCAGAACUUAUUGAAUCCGAGUCAUUUAUGUAUCAACCAUUCAUGGUACGUCGCGAUAGAUGUGCAGUGUUACAUCUUAUCUCCAAUAGUACUUUUUUGGGUAUUGGGAAGGAAGAGACGGUAUGCUUGGGCCGCUCUCACGUUGGGCUUCCUGGCUGUACUAGUAUCUUCUACAAUAUACAACUUCAUCUACGACUUCCAAUCAGCGACUGUAGCGGCCCGGCCGCCUAGUGAGACCAACAGGUAUAUGCAUAACUACUACUUCUUCACGCUCACACGCGCGGCUCCAUUCUUCGUCGGCAUGAUAUUUGGAUAUGUUCUACAUUUGCAUCGCAAUGAGAAAGUCAAGAUGCCAUGGCUUCUCGCUAUUCUCAUGUGGGUAUUCUCUCUGGGCGUUACAACAACUAUAUUCUUCCACACACACUUUAUUACGCAAUGGGAUUGGGACAACCAACUGGCUGAUAACUUCAUUAACUCAUUUAUAAGGCCGGCGUGGGGAGCCGCUCUUUGUUGGAUUAUAUUUGCGUGUGUACACGGUUAUGGAGGUCCUGUGAAUUGGUUCCUGACUUUGGACAUAUGGAAAUUGCCGGCUCGACUCUCGUACGCCAUGUACCUGUUCCAUUAUCCAAUCAUGUUCGUCAUCUGUGAUUCUACGUUAUCAACCAACUACUUCUCUGUUCCAUGGCUUACAUUUCAAUUCCUCGCACACUUCACGCUGUCAGUCAUAGUCGCUUAUAUUGUGACUUUACUUAUUGAUUCUCCGUUUUCUACGAUCAUGAAAAAACUUUUAACACCAACCCCCAAACCAAAACCGAAGCGCCCAUUGAGCAGACUUAUCGGCGAUGACAAAGAGAAAGCAGAAGCUAAGAGUGCCGCAACUACUAGUGCUGCGCUAUUAAAUGAAAACAGAAUAGCAGAGCCUAUUGUGCCAAGUUCAGAAGAACCCGACUUAAAUGGAGUGGCCCGCGGCAAUAACGACGAAGGAAGCAUUGUUGCGAAUGAAAAUGUUGAAGAUGGACGAAACUUGACUGUAAUCGAUACUAUACAUGAAAUAGAUUCAAAUGUAAAUAGUGACUCUGGCACCAUUGAUAGUGAACCAAUUAAUUCUAAUACCGAAGUAGCCAAUGACAAUGAUACAUCAACAACUAAAGAGACUGAUAACAAUGUAAAGCAAUGAAAGUAGUCACUAAUCGAAGAACUAGAUUACAUUUUAUAUUGCAUGCUAGUUGUUUGAAAGGUAUCAGUUUAUUAUAAAGCUAACUUUUAUUAGAGAGUAGUAAAAAACUGUGAAUUAAAACUAUGUUUUAGGGAUACAUAUCUAUAUAAUUACAUUAUACAUAGUCUUUAGUCUAGGAAAAGACAGAUUUGUAAAAUAAUUCAAUCUCAUAGUCUAGAUCUAUUCAUUGAAAAAGCGACAAAUCGUGCAUAUAGUUUAAGGAUUUGAAUGGACAUGUUAAUUAUUUAUCUAGUAACUAAGCCAUAAGAAUUUGCAAUAAAAGACGAUGUUGUCUAUGAUUUAAGUAUUAAACUGUACGUAUAUAGUAGAAAUUGCUAUAAGUUGAUUUAUGUACAGCAUGAAUGUGGCAAGCCGACCUAUCAUCUGUAUUUAGUACUGUUGGUAGUCUCACUGAAUAUCUGUGUAAACAGAUUUGCAGAUGCUACGAAUCAUUUCGAGCUUUCCAAUUCCCGUAUCUUCUUUAUAAAAGACGCCAGACGAGCAAGUUACUCGUUUGAACGUCACAACUAAAAAUAAACAGCAUCACCACAACCAGAUCAUUGCUUAUGAAUCACUAGUGUUUCCAUACAGCGCUCGUCACACUCUGACAAUAGACGAUAAGUUAUUGUGUUCAUAGCUGAUGAUGAUCACAAAUAAGAUAUGCUCGUUUGUCUAUCCUUAAGGGUUACGCUGACGCUAAUAAUUUAUUGCCGUGAAAAAAAAAACUACUAUAAAACUGACAGGCACUGAAGAUAUUGCAUAAUAGUGUUUACUCGACAAAUGUUGACGGCGUAAAUGCAACGCGCCUUAACACAUUCAGCCUAGCAAUGUUUAAUUACGUUAAAUUUGUAAUAAAUUAACACAACGUCUAAUUAACACCGUAAUUUUGCGUUUAAAUAAACUUCAACGUUAUAUGACGCCAAGUUAAAAUUAUUAGACGUUUGCGUUAUUUGACGUCAAUGUCAGUUAACGUUGAUAUCACAGUAUUUUAAUAUUGUUAUUAGGACUUUGUUAGGUCGAACGUGCUAAAAAGACGACGUAUUUUUGUUGUAUGUUUGACCUGUUAUAUAAAAAAUAAUAGUAGUUGUAUAUACAUAUGUUAUUUUGUAAGUAGUUAUGGUUAUUAUAUUAUAUAAGUUUAAUUAAAAUAAUUUUG